AAGCAAGAACCUUCCGUAAGGUUUACAGAGAAAACAUACCUUUUUAUUUACGGCUAAAUUUGAAUAGUUUGAAUUUGAAGUAAAAAAUAGGCGAUAAAAGAUUUCCGGAAGCUAAAUGAUGUAAACAAAAUGUCGUUUCUAGCCGCUGAACUCAAACUAAAUUAUGGAGCUAUUUGUUGAAAAUUGUUAAUAAAGAUUUGAUGAGACCACAAUUGAUGGAAGAACAUGAUGGCAUAAUAAGAGAACCCAAAGGCUUCACUGAAUAUGAAUGAGUCAGGAAUUGAUUUGAAUUUACCAAGUAACUCUUAUGACUUGCUGGAGGCGCAUCAGGCCAUUGAACAAAAGCGUCUUUUGCAGCGAUUCAAAGAGCUGCGGCAAUGGCAGCAGCAGCAACAGGAACAGCUCAUGCUACAGCAGCAGCAACAGUUAAAGGCUUGGCAGGAAGAGCAAAACAAAGUUCAGACAUUGAUUGCUACUCAGAGAGGGACUUCAUGGAGCCAAGUCCUCAGACCCAACAUGGGCAGUCACACAUCUCCAGUGUUGACUCCCCCUGUCAAACAGCAGCGCAUUACUGAAUCUACAGUUACCAUGAUGGAUUCCACAGAUGCCAGUCUCAUGCAGACAGCUGGUGUGUCUGAAGACAGUGGAAUGGCUUCCAUGCAAGAUACUUUAAAAAGCCAAGGAACUCUUCCCAAGCCAGUCAUGUACAUUGAUCCCAGCAAGAUCUACAACAUUAAUGAUGAGGAUCGGUACACCAGUUCAGAGCUGUUCAGCAAUCCAGGGUCUACAGAGGACCAGCUUGAUAUCUUAAAAGAAGACCACAAUCCUCAGAUCCCUGACUGGAUGUCAGACACAAGUGAGAACUUUGUUCCCCUAAUACUCCCACCUCCACGGCCGAUGGACAACUUGAGAAAUGAUACUCUGGGUAGCCAACUAGCUGGCUUGGAUCAUCUCCUUAAUACAGUCCCAGCAGGAAUAUUGCAGCAGAUGUUGAAAUUUCUGCCAGGAAAGACCAGGACAGAGUCUUCUAUUCUCUCCACUAAUGAAGUGGAGUUGUCUGCCUCUCCUACUUUACCUGGCCCAGGUCAACAAUCAUGGGCCAGGAAACUUCACUUUAUACAACCAGAGCCACCACCAAACCCAGCAGCACCGCAGAUUCUAGGGUCAGGGCCAUUACCAAAAGACCAGACUCACUCAUCCCAGCUGUCUCAGAAGGACGCUCCCAAAGCCUUGAAACUUUCAGAAGCAGCAGCAAUCCACAAGUCAGAAGUGAAUGUUGCUUUCAUUCCUCGUGCAUUCACUUUCAAUGAUGAUGAUGAUGAUGGCGAUGAGGAUGAUGAUUGCGAUCCAAGAAGAUUUUCUAGGAUAACAGAGGAAAAUGAAGAAGACCUUUGGAAUGAAGAGCAUGAUGAGGUUGACUACAGUGAUAAUGAGUAUGGAGAACAUAAUGUCACAGCUCAAGAGGUCAGCAAGAUAAAACCUGAUGAUCGACCAAUCAAAGGUGCUGGAGACACUAAAUCUUUUGAACAACUUCUUGAGGAGAAGCUCAAACAAGAAGAGGGAAAGGAUGGAGAUGAAAACAUAACUAACUUAGAAAUCACUGACAGGAAAAAGUCCUUCCUUAAAAGGGGGGAGGGCAUCUCUAGGUUCAAAGGACCACCCAAGAAAGUGUCAAAGGUCAAGUCAGGAUCUAAAUCUGCAGUAGCCAGCGCUUCUCUUAAGUUGACAGAAGCUUCAAAGCUGAAACAGAAUACUUUGAAACCCACAGUACCACCAUCUGAGGGUGAAGAGAGCAUUAAGAAAACUUCUGUGGGGUCAAGGCUGAAAAGCUUUUCUAAGUCAACAUCUAGCCUCCCUGCUGUUGAAAGGAAAGUUGUUUCUCUGGCCUCAAAAAAUGCUCAGCAAGAUGGACGAUUAAAAUCAGGUAACAUCCAGCAAAACAAAAAUGGUUACCUCUCACAGGAUUGUUCUCCCAACUUGGAUUUGAUCCGAAAUGCAGCCAGUCGCAAAGUGGAGGAGCAGAAGCUCAGAAACAGGGAGGCUGUGUCCACACUUCAUAACCCAGGAAUGGAUCACAUAAAUCAGAUUCGACAAACUUUACUCAGCAAUGUUGGGCGUUCACCUUCGCUUGAGUCAAGGUCAACUCAUGGGGAUGGUGACUCUACAGAAUUAGACAGCCUGGCUGAGUUUGAACUCCUGGAGGAUGCUGUUGAUAACAUCAGUUUCUGUAGUAACUCUAGUCUCAUAAAGAAGUUAUUGAAUAACGACAAACAAGGCCAGAAGGAGGCUAUAAAUAGAAUCAAAUCCAAGACAGAACAAAAGAAAUCAUUAGAGAGACAUGAAGGAAAUGAUAGUGACGAGGACACUUUGAGGGAGAUCACUGAUGAAGAUGUUGAUCCUACGGAAACAGAAAAUAAGAAUAACAGUUGUCAGAAAGGACAAGGGAGCUUAUCGUCUGUUUCCAAGAUGUCAUUGGAUCAGCUUGAUUUACCCGACAUAAAUAGAGAUUUUAAUACUGUAUUGAAUUCCAGCGAUUUGCACUCAUUGGGUGUUAUUGUUGAAUCCCAAUCAACAGCUCUCCCUCAGUCACCUUCUAAAGUCAUGACUAGAAAGAUUGCUCCCAUGACCUCUAGGUACAACAAUGCCACAGACACCUUAUCCAUGCUGAAAGCUUUAUCCUUGCAGGCUGGUAUUUUAACAUCCACUGCUGUCACUGAUUCUGGUAAUGGCCUUCGGUCAUCUCUUUCCUCAUCUCAACCCAAUUUGAGUACAGGAUUCCUCCUCGACAAGGCUAGUCCUGACUUCAGAUUAAUUCCUCCUUCAAGUUUGGAAAGUCAAUCAGAGCAAACUUUAUUAAAACAGGUUAAGCCUACAUUUCAACCCAUCAACCCUCCUCCCAAUCAGUUUCUUAGUACCAGCAACAAAGAACUUUCUAAUGCUAACGCAGAAAGCAAAAGUUCACAGAUUGGUUCUGUUGACUUGGGUGAUAAAACCAAAGCUGCUGGUCAGAAAGCCUAUGACAGCCAUCGUUAUGGGAUGAUAGAUACUGAUGAUGAUGACUUGAGUGAUUACAACCACUAUGAGGAAUCUGAGGAGAGUGAGGAAGAAAGUCAUCUCUCUGGCAGAGAUAAUGAUGCUCAGCAUUUAGGGAAAGCAUUGGAACAGCAAAGUGGCCCCGCUGUGAAGAGAUUUGAUGAUGAGUCAUCAUGGGUUGAGGACAGCUGUGAUGAUGAGCCGACAUGCAUCAAACCUUUGACCACGUCAGUUCCAGUUCCGUCCACGCCACCUACAUCAAAGCUAGUCUCCAGACUUUUCCCCAAGUUAAAACCCAAACCAAGCGCUCAGGAAGAAAAGAACCAAGAGGUCUUGCAGUUGGCCUCAACACAGCCAGUGCAGUCUGAUGGAGUCCAGUCCAGAAUUCUCAGAGAAAAACUGAAGGAGCUGGAAGUGGAAAUUGAAAGAUUUAGAUCAGAGAAUGCCAAUCUUGACAAACUGCGAAGAGAAAGGGAAGAGGGCCUGGCCAAACUAAAACAAGAAAUAGAUACUUUCCAGAAGGAAAAGGAGAUGGAGUUAAAAAGGUUGGAAGACUUUAAAGCUGAGGAAAUGAAAAAAAUCAAAAGAGAAAGAAAAUUGUUUGACAAUUAUCAAAGUAAAAUCAGAUCCAUGCCAGACAAGAGAGACAGAGAGGAGAUUGAAAUGCUUCGUAAUCAGCUUCAAGAACUGCAGGAUGAGUUGAAACGUAAAGAGAGCAGAUGGAACUCUAGCACAGCAAGACUGAAGAACAGGAUAGCUGAGCUGGAACUUGAGAAUGGGGAAGUGAAAGAAGAAAUUCGUAUUCUGGAGAAGAAGAGAUUGGAAUGGAUGACAUCACAGAGUAAUGCCAAAGUCAGCCAGGCUCAGACCAAUGGAAAAGCUGGUACUGGGGACUUUGGGAAGUCUGUCAGCCCAUCACCAAGGAGCAGCACACCAACCAGAGAGACAGGACGUAACAAAGAAACUAGUGGACAAGUUGCCCAGACUUCCUCCUCCAAAUCUUCAAGCACAUCCUCAACUGCUGUUCCAAGUCUGGCUGGUAACAAAAAGAAACUUCUUGUUAACUCCAGCAGUCAAUCCUCUUCCAACAGUCCUGCUCCCAGCUCUGAGCCUAAGGUACAAAGUGCACAGCAGGUCAACAUGGCAGCAGACACCAUGCAGACCCAGAAGACAUCAGUCCCUGUUAUGAUGGACAACACUCUGCCUAGCUGCACUCAAUCAUCCAGCAUGCCUGGUGCCCAAAAUUAUUCUGGGCCCUCAUCCGGUGCUAGGUCUGCAGCCAUGAUUGCCAUGGAGAAAGCUGUAGUGGACAAGGGAGAUGUGACAGCUUUUAAAGAGAGCCGCCACCCAGAGGGCAAGGUUGAGAAGACUUACAAAACAGGUGCUAAAGAAAUUCAUUUUCCCAAUGGCACUGUCAAGGAAAUCUCAGCAGAUGGACAAACUAUAAUCUGCAGACUGGCCAAUGGAGAUAUUCGCCAGAUUUUUCCAGAUCAUAGAGUGGUGUACAUUUUUGCUGAAGCUGAGAUACUGCAGACAACAUACUCUGAUGGCCUGGAAACAUUUGAGUUUAAAAAUGGUCAGACUGAGAAGAGAUAUCCUGACGGUACAGUUGAGAUCAUCUUCCCUUCCAAGGAUGUGAAGUAUCUUUUCCCAGACGGAGGUCAGGAGGUCAUUCUGACCAAUGGCACAGUUAUGCAGUACAACACUAAAGGUGAAAGAACAGUGGAGUAUCCCAGUGGAGACAGAGAGAUUCAUACAGCUGAAUUUCAGAGAAGAGAAUUUCCUGAUGGUAUUAUUAAGACUGUGUAUGCUGAUGGCAGACAUGAAACCAGAUUCCCCAAUGGAAGGGUUCGUCUGAGAGACAAGUCAGGCACAGUCAUCAUGGACCAAAUUGUGUACAGAUGAUAAAAUGAAAUGUGUGUAUGUUCUUGAGUGUGUAACUUUGGAAUGUGUGAUGCUGUCAAUCAUAAAUUAUAAAAUAGUCUUUGGCAGUGUGGGUCAAUAAGUUGUAGAUAAGUGACCAAGUUACUUUUUUAUUGACCUUCUUGUUACUGUAAUUAAUUAGUUUUAUUUAUUUUGUAAUCACUCAAAAUACAUUUUUUUUUUUUGUAAUUAAGAACAUCUGAAGUGAUUGGGGACAGAACAAAUCAAUGUAGGGGAAUGCUAAAGGUGCCCAUUUAAAAGCAACUGGACUAUUGGCUUUGGCACAGAGAUGUAGAGAUGAGUAGGUUGAUGCCCCCUGUUUUCUGUGUUAGGGCAUUUAGUGUACAUGAGAAUGAGAAAGGUGGUUGUCCUCUCUACUUUAGUAUCAACACUCAUGACAGGAUAAUGUUGAAGCAAUGCCUCAUGGCAGUAGGUCAUCAUGUUGUACAGACAAUUGUGAUUUUACUAAAUAACUUGUUCCUUGUAAUAACAAAAUGCUAGGAGCAUCCUUCCUUUGAACAAAAAAAGUUACUAAUGAGAAAAAUGAACAUCCCACACAAAUCAAUUCAGUUCAAUAGUCUAGGUAGAUGUGCAACACACCUUAAAUCAUGUUGGAUGUUCAAUCAAAAUGAACAAGAAAAAAAAAUAUAGAAAAAAAAAUUGAGGAAGUUGACAACUCAAGCAUUUUUCUCCCUCCUCACCUGUACUUGUCACUUUUUGAGUUUUUUUGUGGAUGGUUAAAAAUUGUUUCUUCAGUUGACAGGAAGUUGGAGAAUUCUAUGAGAAAUGGAAUAUGACAUCCAGAACACAACUCUAAACACCACAGACAACUUUUUUUUUUUCGUAAGCGAUCUUAUGUUUAAUGGAGCUCUCAUCUUCAAGUACAUACUUUUUUUUUUAAAGUCUUGAUUUUGUAAAUUUGAAUAUUUCACUGUGUGCUAUGUUUGAACAAUGUCAAAAAGGUACCUCUUGUGAAUAAAAAAAAUGAAAUAAUUUAACAUAUAUUUAAAGGCAGCCAAGUCUUUAUCAACAGCAUUAAAUAAGUUAACGUUUUUAGAGACAAAAUUUGUUCAACAUAUAUUGACAGUUUUUGUCAUUAUAGAGAAAUGUUCACACAGCAUAUUUAUUUUGAUUUCAAACUGAUUCUCUCACCUUGUAAAAAGAUCUGAACAAAAUUUAUCAAAAUAUUUGACAUCAAAAUAUUAUUACUCUUUUUAUGUUGUACAUUGUAAGGCGCAUAAUUCAAACAGAUGUUUAGACAACCGGCAGCCCUGCAUAUUAAAUAGUUUUUAUGUAAAACACAAUAUAUUAGCUCAUGGUAUUUUUUUUAAAGCAUCUUUGCUUUAAUGAUCUGAAUUAUUCAACUAUAUUUUAUAAAGUUUUUGUUGCAAUUUGCAAUUGCAAUUGAAGUUUGACUUUAAAAAUAAAACAUUUUUAUUUCUGACUCCACUAUUAAAAAUAUACUUGCCCCAGAUUUUUAUAUCCAUUUUGAAUGCCCACCCUCACAUUUUAUGUAAUUGUAUUUGUUUCAUAAUUAUUUACUUCUCAUUAUAUUAAUGAGAAUGACGAAAUGCUCUCUGUUAAUAUAAUCUCCGAAGACAUCAUCUUUUUUAUUUCUUUUUAUUUAAGUCAGAAUAUUUGUGUUGUAGGAGUGGUUGAAAGGUGCAUGCAUGUAAGACUUUUUUUUUUCCCUCAUUCUGCCUUAAUGUCGAUCAUUCAAAUAUGCAUGAAUGGUGCAUUCUCUGAGUGUGCUGAUUAUGAUGAGACAUCUCAUCUCCCCUGUUUUUUUUAUUUUUUGAGAAGAUGCGCCUCACACUUGUGAAGCAUUAUAUUAAUUUAUAUUUAUUUACAUUGUUGAUAUUUUUACCUCUUCAAUAUUUUUGUCUCGUAAGGUAUCUCAUAGCUGACAAUUGCAGGUAGCUCAUAAAUGACAUUGCGCCAUACAUUUUAAAAUUUGCCUUAAACUUUUUGUUGACAAAGUUUAUAAACUUAUUUUUCAUCUAUACAUUACAAUACUGAGGCCAAAAUGUGUACAUAUGUAAUGAGUAAUGUAUUGGUGUUUAUAUUUUUAACUAAGUAUUAAUAGAAUUAUAUGCAGGAUUCUUCCAACUGCUCAUCAGAGUGGCUUACAACAGUCAUGUGGCCUCUAGUCCCUAUGAGAAAUGUCUGCCUGUUUGGACUGUUAUCAAGAUAGUCUUACUCCACUGCUAUCCCCUGCCCUCCUCAAGCUAGAAAGUAAUACUCUGCAUGUCUGAUUGAACGUCUGAAACAUUUAUAGAACAAAAAAAAGCAAAUAGUAUAAUAAUAAUAAGGCAUUGUCUUCAUUAUAUUGUCAUCUUUGUUCUAAUAGAAUAUUUCUUUGUAAAAAAAAAUACUUUUUACUAAUUAUGCAUUAUUAAAUCAAAUCCAAAAACAUUAUCUCUGUCCUGAUUAAGGAAAAUUAAUUAUACUGUAUAUCCAUGAUUAUUGUACAUUUCUAGACAAAACUAGAAGAAAAAGAAAGAUCUAUACUAGUACAUUGUGUAUGCAUAGAAUGUUGCCAGGUCUAUUGGUUCAGGUUCUGGUUAUAGCAACAAGUUUACAAGCUCAAACAGUACACUUGUAGUGGAUAGUGACUAUUUGAUGUGAACAAACUGUGAUCAUAUUUAGGCAAGUUAACUUGUACUCUUGUAUGGUUGACAUACAGCUGCAUUACCAGCCACUUAAUAUGUUAUGCUUUUUAUCACAUUUAUGAACAAACUUAGUCAAAUGAAAUUUAUUUAUUUAACACUUUCAACAUUCAAAUAAAAGUAGUUCCCCUUUCAGAUGAUGUAAAGGUAAUCUUUUUCUGUGGCCUACAUUUAACAAGGGUGUCAUGUAGCCAGCACAACGACCAACCGCCUUUACUUUCCCCCAACUAAUGUCAGGUACCCAUUAGAGCUGGGUGGACUUAGAGGCGCCCAAAGAUCCCGAAAUUAAAAAUCCCAGGACCCAGUUCAGAAGCCAUUCGCAUUACUGCUCAGCCACGGCGCCUAAUAUUAACUUAAGCAUAAAACAUUUGGCCUGCUGUGUCUAAAAUUUUGGAGAUCCCUGCUUUAUAUAAUAAUCACUAAACUCUAGAUUUGAGCACUGAUCAAAGUCUUUAUGAAUCGUACAUUUUAGAUCUAUUGUUUUCUAUUUUUUUGAGUCACAUUGCUUUUUCAUGUAAUUUUUAAAAUGUUUUUUUUUAAUAAAUCAAAACUAUAAAUAUUUCA